AUCGUACGUUGCUUUCCUUGUCCGUCAAGGCUAUUGAGCCAUCCUUCAUUCCAUCUUUCACUCUACGGCGUCGUGGGCAGUAGGCACGAUGAGUAACAGCGAGUGGAACGAUGCCGAGGCCAAUGUGUUGCCGGAGAAGGUUGCGAAGAUGGCAGAUGAAGGUGAAAUACCUGAGCCGACGAAACGGAAGAGGAUUGUCGUCGUAGGGCUGGGGAUGGUGGGCAUAGCUUUCAUUGAAAAGCUCAUGAAGCUUGAUGUGAAGAGACGAGAGUACGACAUCAUAGUGAUUGGCGAGGAGCCUCAUCUCGCAUACAACAGAGUUGGCUUGACGAGCUUCUUCCAGCAUCGCGAGGUAGAGAAUCUGUACCUCAAUCCCGCGAGCUGGUAUGCCUCAAUGCCGGAGGGUAGCCUCAACUACCACCUGAAUACAAUGGUGACCUCCAUUGACUCCGAGAAGAAGACGGUAGAGACUUCGAACGGCGAUACAGUACCGUACGACGUGCUUGUGUUGGCCACUGGAUCUGAUGCCGUACUGCCGAAGCACACGCCAGGUCACAAUGCAAAAGGUGUCUUUGUGUACAGGACCAUUGAAGAUCUGCAAAAGCUUAUCGCAUUCUCCUCGACCAAGAAAGGCACAUCUGGCGCUGUGGUCGGAGGUGGCUUACUCGGUCUCGAAGCAGCGAAGGCCAUGAUGGAUCUCGAAGAGUUCAGCAAGGUCAAGCUUAUUGAGCGCAACAGAUGGGUUCUCAGCCGGCAGCUGGAUGCUGAUGCCGGCAACAUGGUCGUGGAGCAGGUGCGUGCUCUUGGACUCGACGUCCUCCUUAGCAAGCGCGUUGGGCGGAUCAACACCGACGAGGAGAACAACGUCUGCGGCGUCACAUUCGAAGACGGUGAAACGAUGGACUGCAGCUGUAUCUGCUUCGCAAUUGGCAUCAAGCCGCGCGAUGAGCUAGCAAGGAAGUCGGGCAUUACGUGUGCUGAUCGUGGAGGAGGUAUUAUCAUUGGCAAGGACCUUUCGACUUCCGCGCCUGACGUGUACGCGAUCGGUGAAUGUGCUAGCUGGGAGAGUCAGACGUACGGCCUCAUCGCACCUGGGGUGGAGAUGGCGGACAUCUUAGCGUUCAACCUGACGCAGGCGAAGGCGCACUCGCCUCGCUCCUUCAAGCAGCCAGACCUCAGCACCAAGCUUAAGUUGCUCGGUGUGGAAGUGGCGAGCUUCGGUGAUUUCUUUGCGGACCGUGACGGACCAAAGAACAUGCCUAGCAGACGGCACGCGGCAAAGAAGGAAGGGACGACGGAGGCCCAAGAGACGGUCAAAGGCCUCACCGAAGGUCCACCGCCUUCGCCUGUGAAGGCUCUGACUUACAAAGACCCGUUCCAGCAGGUCUACAAGAAGUAUCUCUUUACGAUGGACGGCAAGUACUUACUUGGCGGCAUGAUGAUCGGUGAUACGAAAGACUACGUCAAGCUCGUGCCAUUGGUGAAGAACCAGAAGCAGCUGGAAAUCUCACCAAGCGAGUUGAUCAUCGGAGCCAAGAAAGGAGACGAUGAAGGUGCUGACGAUCUCGAGGAUGACACGCAAGUCUGCUCCUGCCACAAUGUGCUCAAAGGCGACAUUGCGAACGCUGUCAAGGACGGCACCUGCAAGUCCAUCGGCGACGUGAAGUCUUGCACGAAAGCUGGGACGGGAUGCGGAGGCUGCAUGCCGCUUGUCCAAACCAUCUUCAACAAGGCUAUGCAGUCGAUGGGUCAAGAGGUGAAGAACAACCUCUGCCCACACUUCGACUACUCUCGAGCCGACCUUUUCAACAUUAUUUACGUCAAGAAGAUCAAGAGCUUCGAGGAGAUCAUGAAGCAAUGCGGGAAAGAGCCCGAGUCACUAGGUUGUGAAGCCUGCAAGCCUACGAUAGGGUCCAUCUUGGCAUCGUUGUACAAUCAGCACAUCAUUGACAAGGAACGGAGAGGACUGCAAGAUACGAAUGACCGCUUCCUUGCCAACAUCCAGCGAAACGGCACCUUCUCUGUUAUUCCUAGAGUGUCGGGCGGUGAGAUCACUGCCGACAAGCUCAUCGUCAUUGGCACUGUGGCGAAGAAGUACGGCUUGUACUGCAAGAUUACCGGCGGCCAACGUAUCGACUUGUUUGGCGCGAGAAAGCACGACCUACCGAAGAUCUGGCAAGAGCUCAUCGAUGGCGGCAUGGAGUCCGGGCACGCAUACGCCAAAUCCCUCCGGACCGUCAAAACCUGCGUGGGCACAACUUGGUGUCGUUUCGGCAUCGGUGACAGUGUCGGCAUGGGUGUCAGGCUAGAGGAGCGCUACAAGAGUAUCCGGUCUCCGCACAAGAUCAAGGGCGGCGUUUCCGGUUGCGUGAGAGAAUGCGCAGAGGCCCAGAAUAAGGACUUCGGGCUCAUCGCUACCGAGAAAGGUUACAACAUCUUCGUCGGCGGCAAUGGUGGAGCCAAGCCGAGACAUUCGGAACUUCUGGCAAAGGACGUGCCACCCGACGAUGUGGUUACCAUUCUUGAUCGUUACCUUUCCUUCUACAUCCGGACUGCUGACAAGCUGAUGCGGACGGCAAGAUGGGUUGAGAAUCUACCGGGCGGUAUCAAGUAUCUCCGCGAAGUCAUUCUUGAAGAUAAGCUCGGAAUCUGCGCCGACCUCGAACAGCAGAUGGAAGACCUCGUUGGGUCCUUCUUCUGCGAAUGGACGGAGGUGCUCAAGUCACCAGAACGAUUGAAGCUCUUCUCGCAAUUCGGUAACACUGACGAGAAUGUGGACUCGAUGGAUAAGGUGGAAGACAGGGGCCAAGAACGCCCAGCGUACUGGCCAAAGGACUCCGUGACUGAAGACUUCCGCGGCACCCAGUGGUCUGAACUGACCUGGCAACCUUUAGCGAAGUCGGAACAGUUCACUGACGCACCAACGGGAUCGAGCUUGGCGGUCAAGCGUGGCGACACUCAGCUGGCCAUCUUCAAGGUCAAAGGCCAGUACUAUGCUACGCAGCAAAUGUGCCCUCACAAGCGCGCCUUCGUCCUUAGCGACGGUCUGAUUGGAGACGACAUGAAGACGGACAAACUUUGGGUCAGCUGUCCGUAUCACAAGCGGAACUACGAGCUCAAGGGCGCGGAUGCAGGCAAAUGCGGCAACGACGAGAGCGUCAACAUUGCUACUUUCCCCGUUGAAGCGAGGGAUGAUGGUAUGGUAUACGUGAAGCUCCCGCCGGUUCAGGAGUUAGAUGGCGUACUCGGCACGGAGAAGUGGAAGAUCCGGAAAGAGGAGACGGAGGAGCAUAGCCCAUUUGAAGCGCUUGACGAGAAGCUGAAGAAGAUGAAGGGCCGGAAGAGUAUGCAAGCAAGCCAUCUUCCCAAUGGUCUGGGCGAGAAGGCGAAGGCUGAUGCCAUUUUGGCGGGCGCCGAAAGGGGUGCAAACGGAAUGGACUGGUAAGGCAAUUUUGAUGUUGACUUCGGACAUUAUCCCAUCGACGAGGAUGGACGGCUCAGCACUUGUCACGCAUCGCCGCCAGCAGUCGGCGUUUGUGGCGCCAAGCGUUGGUGUUUCA